AUGAAUACGGCGACUGAAAUUGCGAUAGGUGGUGGUGUGGGAGCUGUAGCCUCUGAGAUGCUGAAGCUUUUGAUUGUAGAGGCAAAAAUAGUGUUGGCGUUCAAAUCUGUGUCUAAGGAGCUCGCAACAACGAUGGAGGAUUUGCUUCCGAUACUCACGAAGAUCGAAUCGUUGCAAAAAGCUGAUGAACUAAAAACUCUCAAGGAUACAAUCGCUAAAGCUCGUGUCUUGGUUAAGAAAUGUUCAGGUGUCAAGAAGUGGGAGUUACUCAAGAAAUCUUAUUAUACGAGAAAAAUAGGAGAAGUUAAGGGUCACGUAAGUAAGACCACCUCCAUCAAAGGAUUCUAA